GUGCGCAUCCUUGAAUCUAUAUUUUCACAUGUUAAAUUACUCAAUAUGUUUUUAUUUUAUAGUUACAAUGUGUAUGUGUGUGUCUGAAGUGUAUAGAAUACCACCAGAUAUGGAAUCAGCGGAUUUGAAAGUGACACAGCUACUCGUACACAAAGUCAGUGGAAAUAGAAAUAAGUAUUUGGGAAUAAAGUGUUAACUACAUUCCUUGGUGAUUCACCCUGAUAAGAGAGAGAGCAACAAGUCUUUGAAACGAUGUGAAUAAACGGACCCAGUUGAACCGCGAUCCGAGCGUUGUGAUUGGUCGCUGCGACUGGCUUGUGGCUCCUGAUUGGUCGCCUCGGAUAUCCCGUGCUUGCUGAUUGGUGGAUCGAGUUUAAAUCUCCCGCUUGCGAUCCUCGGACUUCUCACAACAACUCGGAGGACAGCGCGGCGUGACGAGAGGCGACGGAAAUUUGACUUUCUUUCGGAAAACCCGGCCCUGAAGUGUGUGUGCGAUGUUUCCUAAGGCCAAGAUAAAGAGGUUCAACGAGGAAGUAGGUUGUGCUCCUCCUCCAACAAAAUACAACCCAAAAAUUGACAAGAACUCGUGUGCGGCUGUGACCCUAACCAGAUCUGAUAGGUGGAAGAAUAGUAAAGAGGUCACGCCAGGGCCAGGAACUUAUUGCACUCAGAGUAACUCCCCCAGCCAGAAGAGGUCUACGUCGUCAUCCCGUCUCAAUUCAUCAACAUGUUCCAGCAGUUCAUCAGUGUCCGGAGGAGGGGUGUUUCUCAGUCCACCAAAACACACACGACUUUCCCGCUCUGCUUCUGCAAAGUCUGUACAUGGGCGAGGGGACAGAGAUCCUCGAGGGGACGAGCUACAAAAUCAAAUUCGAGAGCUGACGCAGGAAAGAAAUAGAAUGAAGGUUCUUAUAUCCCAACUAGAAAAUCAGCUGGCGACAUUAAAUAACAGAAUUACUUCAAGUGAAAUAAAGGAAGCUGAACUUGAAAAACUAAAAGAAGAGAAAGGUGAACUGGAUUUGAAAAUUGCAAAACUUCAUGAAAGUGAGGAGGAAGUCUUGCAGUUAAAACAACAGAAUGAGGAACUGAAAGUACUUUUAGAAAGCAGUAGUGGAGAUAAAGAAGUCGUUGAAAUAAAUGAUCAGAUUCAGACAAUCAGGAAAGAAUUGACUGAAUCUCAGCAUAUGAUUUCACGUUUGACAGAUGAACGGUCAGGUCUCCAACUGCAAUUGAAGCAGCUAGAGGAGUCUGCAGAGCAGAAAUCUCUCACUGAAGAUGAAGUUCAAAACCUCAAAGAGCAGAUAGACCACCUGACUCUCUUGAGGGAUAACCUUGAAGCAUCUGUCAUGGUAAAGGAUGACUUAAUAGCAGAACUACAACUACAGUUAGAUGAAGUGGUGGUUGAAGGGCAGAGUUUCCAUGACCAGAUGGAGCUUUAUAAGGCCAAGGCAGAGCAACUGGAAGAAGAGGUCCAAAACAGCUUUAUUGAACGUGAUGAUGCAGAAAACCGGGUACGCAACAUUGUAGCCAAAUAUGAAGCACUGAUUCAGGAUCAGGUGGAAGAGAGAGAGAUGAACAAAGAAAUACUUGCCAAGAAAGAUAUUGAAAUUGAGCUUUUGAAUGGCAGCCUUGCUAACCUUAAUUCGAAGGUUACAGAAUAUGAACACACUAUUUCUUCCUUGCAAGGAGAAAUUAGUGAAAGGAGGAGCAAGAUUUCCUGCCUUGAAACCACUGUCUCUGACCUAAGUAUGAUGACGAAGGAGAAGGAAUUCAUGGAAUCUAUGUUAGAAGAGGAACUUAAUCAAAGAGCACAAGAGGUAAACAAACUAGAACAAAGUAUUCGAGAAGUUGAGACAAAACUUGGUGAAGUUAACAAAGAGAAGGAGAGUGUGGUAGCAACUCUAGAGACAGAAAGGAAACGAACAGCAGAGCUAAAUGAGAGGAUUCAGCACCUUGAAGUGCAGAUAAAGGAAAAAGAGGUGGUGCAGCAGUUCCUAGAAAAAGAAAUUGCAUCACGGGAGGCAGAGGUUUCAGAGUCAUCUGCAAAAAUUAAAACUUUGGAAGAGGAUCUUGAAACUGCCCGUCAAGUAGCUCUUGAUCUCCAGCAAGAUGCAGAAGUUCAACUCAAUCAAGUACUUACUCUGAAGGCAACUAUCAGUGCAAAGGAUUAUGAUAUUGAGGCCAAAGAGGAGCUUAUUACAACACUGAAGAAUGAGGUGAGUCAGAAGCUCAACGAAACCAGCAUUUUACAAGGACAAGUAGAACAACAAAGUAGUGCAACCACUAAGAUUGAGGAGCAGUUAAAUGACAAGGAAACACAGAUUCUGAAGCUAGAUGAAGAGUUGACUUCUGUGAAAGCUGCUCUUCAGUCACGUGAAGAAUCCUUAGCAAACUUGGAAAGUAAAGCAAAUCAGUUGGAAGAAAAUAAUCAUCAAUUAGAAGAGAAGGUGGUGGAACUCAUGGCUGAGAUUAGUGACAGGGAGGCUGAACACAUAGCAAGGGUGAAUCGGAUACAAGAUGACCUUGAUGAUUUGGGCAUAAAAUAUUCAGAAUCUUUGUUGGAACAUGAGGCUACACGCAGAGCCCUUACCCAAACUUCAGAAGAGCUGGAAAGGGAGAAUCUUCUUCGUAUGGCUUCGGAGAGAGACAUCCAGACCUUGAGAGAAGAACUUGGCCAUUAUAAAGAAGAGCAUAAAACUAUGGAACUCAACUUGAAGGAUCUGGUGCAAAAGUAUACCAACUUGGAAGAUGCUCUUGCUGUGAGGAGGCUGAAAAUAGAGAUCUGGAGGACCGGUUAGAGCGAGAGGUCAAAACUGCCCAAGAGGCUGCAGCAACAGCUGAGAAGGAAAUUUCCAGCCUUAAGACUUCAAAUGAAGGAUUUUGCACACAGAUUACUCAACUAAAGAUUGACAUGAGGAAGAAAUCUCAAGCAGUUGUGGAGAUGCAACAUUGCAUUGAAGCUUUAAGGGAGGAAAAGCAGCACCUGACAGUUCUUCGUGACAAUCUGGAAUCUACAGUAGAAACCAAGGAAGACUGCAUUGCUCAGU